ACACAAAACAAAGCCUUUUAGGGUCUUUAACCUUUAAUGUUUUCAGGAUUAAAUAUUCUCUGCCAUGUGCUAAACGAAGUUGUAAGUGCUGUUUUCGGUGGUUCGCUUCAGUGAGCGAGUGAGUGAAUCAGUAUCCAUGAAACAUUUUUGGGGAAGUGGUUUUUGACAGAAACAGGAAACUUAACAGUCAGAAGAGUCACAAAACACUGUCAUCGAAGAAGACUGUAGCUGCUUCUAACAAACCAUGGAAUCUCACCAGUUUUGGACCCCUUUCUUCAAGUUGACUUGGAUAUCUGUAUUUUUCCUCCCCUCUAUGUGCUCAGCAGUGGAUGCACCAAAUAUCAGUCUGGAGCACACAGUCUUUGUGGCCUUUGAAGGUGAAGAUCUCAAUAUUGCAUAUAAGUUGAAGACACCAUCAAUCGAGGACAAUUUGACAUGCUUUGAUCCGAACCACAAUCAAAUAUACCAGCAUACCAUCUCUGCAAAGACUGACAAACAGCAGCUGCAGCUGAAAAACCUGAAGAUUUCAGGAGAUUACUACUGCCAGUAUCAAACAGUCAAGGUGCACUGGUUUCUUCGAGUGACAGCUGUGGGCUACAAAGAACCGGUUAUUCCUGAGUAUACAGAAUUCACCACUGUGGCCAUCAUUACUUGUGUGUUGCUGAUCUUCAGUGUGCUCGGCUCAGUGUAUGUCUUCAGAGGGCAUUGGAAAGAGAAACUCACUGAAUAUGGAGGUGCUGGCAAAAAAACAGAGCAAAGCAAAGAAGAGGAAUGGGAAAACAAGGAGGCCGACAGCGUGGAUGUAACGGCUGUUCAGUCUACGUCUUUCUAUGCUAGUCUAGAGCCUCGGCCCAGGUCUAUUUAUGAUGUACUGGACCACUCACCUGGUGGCAGAGAGGAGGACCAAAACACAGCUAAACCUGAGAAAAAAGAAGUCAACAAAAAGGCGGUGCAAACGACAAAAGACCAGGAUGAAGGCAUAUUUGAGUCUGUUUAUGAGAACUUUUAAAUCAUCUCAUGAGUGUGGGAUAGUAAUCCAGUGUUUUGCUGUUUUAUUCUAAUCUGUGUCAGAUUAGAGUGAAAAAAUCUUCUUCCAAUAAAAACAACAAAAAAACACAAUGUAAAAAUAUAUGCUCAAAAGACAACUUUUGGUAUGACCACCUUUAUUCUUCAACACAGCCUGAACUUGCUUAGGCAGCUUUCUGGUCAUUUCCUUAAGUGGUCUUCAGGAAUAGUUCUCCAGGCUUCUUGAAGGACAUUAAAAGCUCUUCUUUGGAUGCUGGCUGCCUUUUGUUCUGUUCUCUGUUAAGAUGAUCCCACACUGCUUCAAUAAUGUGAAGG